AUGAAGUUUGGCAGAAAUCUCCCCCGCAACCAAGUCCCCGAAUGGGCGGCUUUCUACAUCAAUUACAAAGGCCUGAAGAAGCUGAUCAAGGCCGCCGCGCAAUCGGCCAAGGAUGGAGAGAAGGUGGAUCUUGCAGAAUUCUUCUUUGCUCUGGACCGCAACCUCGAAGACGUUGACAGCUUCUACAACCGCAAGCUUGGCGAGGCCGUCCGCCGUCUCAAUCUCUUACACGACCGCUAUGGCCGCGUCCAUGACCUCGUCUCCAAUCUUGACGAGGAUGAGACCGAGGAGCUCAUGGGCGCUCUCUACGAGAUGCGCAUCAUGCUGAGGAACCUCAACUGGUUCGCUGAAAUCAACCGCAGAGGCUUCGUCAAGAUCACAAAGAAGCUCGACAAGAAGCUUCCCGCGACGGGCUCCCAGCACCGCUACAUCUCGACCAAAGUCGACCCGCUGCCCUUUGCCAAAGAUUCCACAGGCACGCGCCUCCUCGCCGAGGUCAACAAAUGGAUCUCCGCCCUGGGUGAAGCCCGCGUCGUCGACGACUCCAAAUCCGACCGGUCGGUGCGGUCGCUCGGCCGCGCUUCUUCCAAGGCCAUGUUGAUCCUGUCACAGAGCCAACUUGACACCCUCGAGCAAGCCAUUCGUAACGACGACGUCGAGUCGCUGAAGACUGGCUUGAAGGAGGGCAACGUGACCUCUGAGCAGGCAUCUCAGACCCUGCUGUUGAACCUGCUGCAGCGCUCCAUUGCUGCGAGGUCCAGGGCAAGCAUGGCCUAUCUUAUCGAGCAGCUGCCGUCUAUCAAUGAGCCCGAUGACAUCAACCAGCGAAACUGUAUCCACAGACUCGUCAUCCACAUCGGCCGCACCAAGUCUUCUGAACCUGACAAUGAGCCCAAGUCUUACCCCUUCCCGAUCGGCACUCAAUUCACCACCCACGACCUUCAGCCGGCUGUCUCGCAAACGAUCCCCCCUCGGGCGCUCAGCCAAAAUGAGACAAAUUUGCUCGGCAAAGACGACGAGGCAGUUCAGACUCUCAUCUAUCUUCUCGACACCCUGAAGCCUGAGCAAAGAGAAGCACUCAGCGCGAGAGACUCUUUUGGACGGAUGCCUCUCCAUUAUGCUGCCCGCUUCGGUUUCGUGGUUGUCUGCCAGAUCAUCAUGGCCAAGAUGCAAGAGUGGAACCAGUUCAACGUCGAGAACGGCAUCGAUGCCCCCGAAUGGCAGGACAACGACGGGUACGCCCCUCUGCAUUUGAGCGUCGUGGGCGGUCAUCCUCGGACGACCAAGGCCCUUCUCCAGGGAGAAAACUGGCAGGGCGUCAGUGUCAGGAAGGCCGAAAUGAGACGAACAGUAUCCAAGUCCGGUGCUGUCCUUGCCAUAGCGACCAAGUGCAACUACCAGGUCAUCGUAGAGAUGCUCGUUGAAGCUGGCGUUGACAUCAACUGGCAGGACAAGACGGGUGAAACCGCCCUGCACCUUGCCGCGCGCUUCGGCCACGAUGGGAUUGCCAAGUCGCUGAUCAAGGGUACCGAUGAGCAAAAGGCCGACCUCGAGAUUGCGGAGAACACGUACGCCUGGACGCCAUUGCACGUUGCUGCCGUGGACGGUCAUCUCGCAGUGGUCCGGUUGCUUGUUGACUCUGGCGCAGUCGUCGCCAAAGCUGACUCGUCUGGCUGGACAGCCAAAGAACACGCUGCGCUGCGUGGCCACCUGGACAUCGCCAGGCUCCUGGCUAACCAAGCGGAAGCCGAAAUCAUACAGCCCACGAGCAGCCUCAAAAUAUCCAUCAACGAGAAUCCUCCCCGCUCCUCGUCGCCAGAGAACACUUCGUCGAUUGACGGCCGCAAGUCGGACGGAUAUGUCCGUCCGGUUGAGCCGGUCAAGACCUUCGGCCAUCGCUAUCUGACCGAUAAGAGCAUGGUUCUCGUCAGUCUUGGAUCUAUGGAUAUGCGCAAGAACCUCGAGGCCGUCAAGCUCGACCGCGUGCCCUUGACCGAAGCUCAUUUGACCGAGCUCGAUACCGCCUUGUCUAUUGUCGUCUCGGCCAGCGGAGCCCAGGGUGAGCCCGUCAUUGUUGACCUGCCUGUCCACGAGACUGUCUCCACGGAGCCUAUCGUGUUCACAGCGGCGGAUCCCGCCCAGGUCAAGCUGAUGUUCGACAUUGUCCCAACAUACUCUGGAAAUGAGAAGAACAAGAUCGGACGUGGCGUGGCCCUCCUCUCUUCCAUCAAACCCACCCUGGGCACAAAGCGCAUGAACCUUCAGGGCGAUGUCUGUGUGCCGAUUUUGGCGAACAACCUGGAUGUCAUCGGCACUGUCAACUUCAACUUUUUGGUUGUCACGCCCUUCUCGCAUCCCAACAUGGAGAUCAAUUCGCAGCAGACGUACUGGAAGAAGCUUGCCACAACGAUGGUCAUUGGCCACCGCGGCAUGGGUAAGAACAUGACGAGCAACAAAUCUCUCCAGCUUGGAGAGAACACGGUACCUUCGUUCAUCGCAGCAGCCAACCUGGGCGCUCAGUACGUCGAGUUCGACGUCCAGCUUACCAAGGACCAUGUUCCGGUUAUUUACCACGAUUUCCUUGUCAGCGAGACUGGCAUCGAUGCACCAGUCCACACUCUGACCCUGGAGCAAUUCUUGCACAUCAACCCCGACUCCAACCGAACAAAUGGUGUCAAUGCAGUCAACGAGAGAAUCGAGAAGGUUCGCAACAAUGCGCCGGGCCUCAGGCAGCGGUCUUUGUCCAUGGGAUACGCUGGCGAGGGCGUCAACGGAGGCAGUCUCGAGGAGCGCAUGAAGCACACGCGUGACUUCAAGAACAAGGGUUACAAGGCCAACUCCCGUGGAAAUUUCAUCCAGGCACCAUUCGCCACCUUGGAGGACCUUUUUCGGCAACUCCCCGAGCACAUCGGCUUCAACAUUGAGAUGAAGUACCCCAUGCUUCAUGAGAGUGAGGAGCAGGAGAUGGACACGUACGCCGUCGAGUUGAACUCGUUCUGCGACACGGUAUUGUCCAAGGUCUACGACCUAGCCGGCAACAGACACAUUAUCUUCAGCUCCUUCAAUCCUGACAUCUGUCUUUGCUUGAGCUUCAAGCAGCCGUCGAUCCCCAUCAUGUUCUUGACUGAUGCAGGCACCUGCUCUGUUGGCGAUAUCAGAGCUUCCUCCCUGCAGGAGGCCAUCCGAUUCGCCAGUCGCUGGAACUUGAUUGGAAUUGUCAGCGCCGCCGAGCCGCUCAUCAACAGUCCCCGGCUAGUCAGAGUUGUCAAGGAGAGUGGUCUCCUUUGUGUCAGUUACGGAACGUUGAACAACAACCCCAUCAUGGUUCAACGCCAAGUGAAGGAGGGCAUCGAUGCAGUCAUCGUAGAUAACGUCCUCGCCAUCAGAAAGGGACUUACGACAACCGAGGCCAGUGGCGAGAGCGAGAACUCGGAGAGUUCGGAGGCCAACGACUCAUCCUAG